GGGCUUUCUGGAAGCUUGCCUCCCGCCGCCGGGGGUGGGUUCCGCCGGAGCAGGGCUUCCUCCUGCGGUGUAGCUGGCCUGGCCUGUGCGGGUCUCCCCUCCGCCCCGCCGCUCGUCCUUGUGCAGAGACAAGUGCUCCUGCUCCAGCUCGCAGCAUCAGGACAGUCGGAGCAGUUCCAGGGAGCUUACUGAUUUUCUGAAAAACUUGGGUUCAAGGAUCAUUUUCAAAUACUAUUUACACGUCACCUGCCGUGCGACAGGGAGCACCUGUGAGGGCAAACCUCAGCCAGAAACGUUAGUCCCAGGAGAUGAAAAUACCACAUUUGGAAUUUAGGAGUUGAGAGCUUCAUAGGAGUUGAUCGCCUCAUAGCGACUCUCAAGGUCUUGGAGCCCUCUCUGAAAGGAUUUAGCUUCAUAGCAGACAUCCUCAGCCGGGGUGCAGGGGUGCUGUGACAUUUGGAAACUUAAGAGCCAAGCCUGAUAACCAAGCAAAUGCAGGAUGAGCUUCCUUCAUGGACUGCAGGCUGCCACGAGAAACCGUUUCCUCUCUGGAGUGACUUUCCUGGCCAACUGGAAACAGUGGAACCUACCAGCAGGCUGUUCACACCCACGAGGGCCCCUAGUAGGAAAUGGGAGCCGAGGACUUAACACAGUCCACCAGUGUCAUUCGGUGACUUUACUGCCUGGAAACUUCCAUUUCUAUAGGACUCUCAGUAACAAAAAAUCAAGAUGCUUUUCAAAUGCUCAAAGCCAGGAAAUGGGGGUGCUUACCUACAAACGGACUGUGUGGGGUGAUUCUUUUUCAAGACAAGGGUCGAGGAAAGUGGUUGGCCAUCCUCUCACAGCCCCGUGCCCUCUGAGCUGCCCGGCCGUAAGAGCUGCCCAGAGUUUCCACACGUCCCCACGGGGUCUGGCCGCCCCAGUUCCUUUCUUGCUGCUCAUUCUGAAGCCAGUGCAGAAGCUCCUUGCCAUCAUUGUGGGCAGGGGCAUAAGGAAAUGGUGGCAGGCACUUCCUCCUAACAAGAAGGAGCUAUUUAAAGACAGUGUGAAGAAGAAUAAGUGGAAGCUGCUCCUUGGUCUGAGUGCCUCUGGCCUGCUGUUUGUAGUGUUUUAUUUCACGCACCUGGAAGUGAGCCCUGUCACUGGAAGGAGCAAACUGCUGUUACUGGGGAAGGAGCACUUCAGACUUCUGUCAGACCUGGAAUACAAAGUGUGGAUGGAAGAAUUUAAAAACGAUAUGCUGCCUGAGAGAGACCCCCGACACCUGACUGUUAAAGAGGUGGUACAUCAUCUAACACAAUGCAAUCAAGAUGUCCCAGGGAUCCCCGAGAUCAACUGGGUGAUUCAUGUGGUUGAUUCCCCAGAUGUAAAUGCUUUUGUUCUUCCAAAUGGACAAGUGUUUGUUUUCACUGGGCUUUUGAACAGUGUAACUGACACUCACCAGCUCUCCUUCCUUCUGGGCCAUGAGAUUGCACAUGCUGUCCUGGGGCAUGCCGCAGAAAAGGCUAGCUUGGUUCACCUACUGGAUUUCCUUGGUAUGAUUUUUCUCACAAUGAUUUGGGCGGUGUGUCCACGAGACAGCUUGGCACUUCUGGGACAGUGGAUACAAUCGAAGUUGCAGGAGUAUAUGUUUGAUAGGCCAUACAGUAGAACACUGGAGGCCGAAGCUGACAAAAUUGGACUACAGCUUGCUGCAAAGGCCUGUGUGGACGUAAGAGCCAGCUCAGUAUUUUGGCAGCAGAUGGAGUUUUCAGAGAGUCUUCAUGGCCACCCCAAGUUACCAGAGUGGCUGUCGACACACCCUUCUCAUGGAAACCGAGCUGAGCACUUGGACAGACUCAUACCACAGGCUCUCAAACUUCGGGAGGUCUGUAAUUGCCCACCACUCUCUGGACCAGACCCUCGGCUGCUGUUCAAGCUUACUGUGAAGCGUUUUCUUGAAGACUCAGAGAAAGAGGAUCUAAACACCACUGUUAAGAAACAGAAAAUGGAUGCUCUCCCCAUUCAGAAACAGGAACAGAUACCACUGACAUACAUAGUUGAGAAAAGAACUACAGGUUGAAUUGAAAUGUGUGAGACUUGGGGUAUGAAGAAUAUAGCGAUCUUCAUCAUUUUUAUGUGACUCCUAAAAAUGAUGUUUUAAAUGAAAAAAAAAAUGGAUAUUCAAAGUCAAGUCAUGUCUAUUACAGAUAUCUGAAUUUUUCUAGAUUUGUAUCUUUCAUAAAAUAUUAUUGUAUUUUAAUCUAUUUUGAAAUACUUCCAAUGAGGAAAACAUCACAGAAUAAAUUUAUAUUAUCAUCCAUA